AGUGCAGGAAUCAAGCAGAACAGGCAGGAGAGACGCUGAGCCUGGAAGCUUAGGAAAAAAGCAAGCUUUACCUGCAACUAACACACUCAGUGGCUCCUGCUGCCCAUUUCCACUGUGUUCCAGUGCUCUGCCCUGUCCUCUCCCUUGCUGUAAAGCACAGCUAGAAGCUGGCCUGCCCAGAAUAGCAGGGAGAGAGGAAGACCAAGGAAAGGACUACAGAGACAUGGCUCCCCGAAUAAGACUGAACUUAGCAAAGCCUCUCCCAACCAUCAGUGAAGCCUUUGAGGAUAUUCUGGAAGACAUAACAAGCAACACAAAAGGUUUUGGGAAUGUCUAUUCAGGCCCAGAUUCUUAUUCUGGUGAAGACUACCUUGAGUCUAUCUGCCAGCUUUCAAGACCUACCUUUUCAAUUCCACCAGAAAGUAAGAAAGGUCAAGAUAUGGGCAAACCAGGAAUGCUCCACAAUAGUCACAGAAUCUUAAACUUGUCUGAGGCACCAAAAAUGGUCUCUAGAUAUACCCUUCCUAAUAUGAUGCCAUUAGAAAAAAGUAGCUUCAUUCUUGAUUGUAUCAAAACCUAUUCCAGCUCUAGGGUGGAUCCACUAAAAGAGCUCUGUACAGAAGGUCAUAAUGCUCCUCAGUGGAAAAGAUGUCCAAACGCCAGUGAGCAUAGUGGUGUUAACUGCUCACGGGACAACUUUCAUGGCACUGGGAUACUCUCACCUCAAGAAAAAAACACGGAAAAACGAGAUGUUUUCAGCUUCCCCAGGAUUCCCUCCCCAAGACCGCCGCAGAGGGAAAGUACUUGCCCUGAACUAAAAUGCCUGAAAAAACAAAGCAGGAUGUCAGCUCUGGAAAGGGGUCCAAAUCAGGAAGAAAAUUGCCCUCUCAUCGUUAAUGGUAAAUCACUCUGGCUGCACCCACCCAGAGAAACGCCUCUGAGUGCCACGAUUUUGAGAUCGUCACAAAGAGGACAGCAAUCUCUGAAGACCAUGGCCUGUCUUGAAAGGGAGCAACUGAAGCCUUCCAUUUAUAAUCAGAAGAUGAAGGGAGAGACAAGUAGCAAAGAAGGCAGUGUAGGAAAUUUCCACAUCAAUCAAAAAGGCACAAGCCACGGCUGGAUUUCAGAAUACCAAAGUGCUUGGAAAGAAGCAAAGGUGAGAGCAUGCCUGCUCCCUGCCAUUGCAGAAUCAUGAAUUGUUAUUUUAUUUGAAGAAAAUGUAGGUGGUGUAACUUCCUCCUACUUUGAGCACAUUCUGCAGUGUCAUUUUUUUUCAAAAGGGCACAGGACGCUAAUUUACAGUCAACAUAGACUGUAGAGUGCAUUGUGCAAAUGACCUGUGCAAAACUUCAGAGAAUCGAGCAAAGGGAACAAUUAGCAGUGCUACCCAGAGAGCACUGCAGGCUCAGUUUAUCUUAGACGUUUGGAUAACAAGUUGUAACUACUAUUAUACAUGUUGUCACCCACUGGAUCUUUUGGCUGUAUGAAAAUACACAUCCUGUGCAUUAUAUAAAUAGAUCCAGCUCUGUAAGGGGCUGGAAGUUGGUGAAAGCUCAGUCAUCUAUUUAAGUGAAAAUAUAUCUUGAUAGUUGAAGUUUAAAUUAUGCAUGGACCAAUCAUGCACCUACAGAAAACAUGCCCAAGAAUUUCUAAAAUUCAUCUAGGAAUAAAGGAGGGGAAAUCCAUAUUCUUCACCCACACAGUGGACAAACUUCUGUUUUGCUAUCAAAAGGAUCACCCAGAAGAGCAGGUCUAGUUAAUAAGAACACAAGAAAAGCCCUGCUAGAUGAGACUAAAGGGCCAGCUAGGCUCGCAUCCUGGUUCUCACAGUGGUCCACGCUAGAUGCACCCGGAAAACCCAAAGGCUAGGAAAUCAGACUCCUACAUAGCUGCCCUGGAGCAACUGGUACAUUCAGUCAUGUGCUACGAUUCAACCUCAAGCUUCCAGGCUGCCAUUUUAUAUUAUAUUAUGUGCAGUACUGAAAAGCCCGUGCUGAAAAUUCUAUGAAUUUCUCUAAACCUCCUUUGAAGCCAUUUAACAAAUGCAUAGCAAAUUCUAUUCAUCUGUUGCAUGAAGAAGUUGUUUUCCCCUUGUCUGCCUUGAUCUUUGGGUUCAGCCCAUAGACAGCUCCUAUUAGCAUCUGUCAUUUCUCCUUUGCUGCUGUGAGGCACAGUAUUGUUUUAUUAAUAGGCUCAGGAUACUCCACUCAGUUGCCACUUCCUAGGAGCAACUAAGCCACCAUCUGUUUAUUGAAAAGCAACAAAAAAGAAAAAAGAAAAGAAAGGAAGAAAAAAUAAAACAAAACACAAAACCAACCCCACCCCACCAUUCCUUUGCAGGUCCCUUUUCCACUGAUUUAUUACAUCUCCUAAGUUGUAUUACCAGUGGUUUUUGUUCUACGUGCUCAAUAAUGAAACAGUUUCUUAUCUUUUUUACUAAUAUAAGCAGUUAAGCAACACUGUACUUCCUAGUUUCUCUUUCUAUCAGGAAAGGGAAAGCCUGUGCUCGUUCAAAUGGAUAGAAACAAGUCAUGAAUUGCCAAUUUUUAUGUCUAACUGUGAUCCCCCCAGGGGAUAGUUUUUGACCCUGAUAUUUCGAGUGCUGUGUUUAAUUCAUAUAUACAUAUUGUUACAGACCCAUACAGAUAUAUGAGUUGUAGGUCUCUCCUUACAAAGAUCUUUCAGUCUUUUCAUUAUGCAGAGACUCUUGAGCUGAAGAUCUCUCUCUCUCAGUUCAAUGUACUGAGAGCUCAUGAGAGCUCGUGGUACUGUGUUUAAAAUUGGAGCUGGGGGAGAACUAAGCUAGACUUGUCUGGAACUUACUGCUAAUUUUCUCUGACAUAAUUUGUAAAAAGAAAAUCAAGCUCUCUAAUGUUGCACUGUGUUUUCUUGCUGCUUGUCCGUAUAAUUUUUGUAACACAGGUGCUUUUAACCCUUUUCUGCAUCUUCAAUAGUCUUAGCAACAUAGCUGGCAGUGAACCAUUUUCAUCAAAGCAUAUUGUGCUACUUUGUCAGCAUGAUUAGUAUAUAAUUUUACAUUAUGUACAUUAUCUAACUAUUGCAAUACAUGUGAAAUCAAAGGGCCACUUCACACGCUAUCAAAUUAGCUAGUGCUCACCAUGGUAGAUUCUUACUUGUGACUAUGCACACCUUUUGUUGUUGUUUGGACAUGUAUUCUGGAUUCAGGAGUAGCGUGUGGCAUGUACAUAGGGUCAAAUAUUGUGUACUCCUAUUUGUUGCUGGGUAUUGCUUGGAUAUAGAGUAUAAGCUGAUUAACUGUUAGAUUUGGAAUGGACCUAAGAACAACAAGAAGUUACUAUUUUGUGUUGUUGAUGAUUGCUAAUGUGGCCUGUAGAGCCAUUUAAUUGGUGUGUUAUUCCUGAAAUAUAAUGCUUAAUUUUAAGAAUUACAAAUCAUCAGGGGAAAAUUAAACCCUUGAAAACCCCUGUCCUCAUACUUGAAGGGGUGUUUUGAACAUUAGCUCUGCUGUGUCAGUUCAGAUACAAAUCUGUCAGCUAUUUAGGUGCCUGCGGUACAUUUGCAGCAGUAUGAGAUAGUAGAGCAGACACUACAUCAGAUGGGUAGGUGGGGGCAGAUUUUUUGUUUCAAAAAAAAAAAAAAAAUGUUAAGAACUUGGACACUGCCCUGCCCCUGCAAAUAGAAACGCAGCAGAGAAAACCUAGGAUCACAGCAACUUAAACAUAAAAUAAACUAUAGAAACAUAGCUUUUCUCUCUAUUUUCUGUUUACAAGGAUGUUUUUUUCUUAAUAUGGGUUUAUAUUAAAAAAAAUUGAGUCUCCAGUAUGCAUACUGAAGUGGUGUCAUCCAUGUUGCUACAUGCACAGACCUAGUCUCAGUAAAAAAACAAAAUGGGGAGAGAGAAUACUAGGGCUGAUUCUCUUUCUUUGUUGGCCAUUGCCAACCAUUUUACUUACUUGAAAAAGCUCAUGACUUCCACUGUCCAGUAUCUCAUAAGGCUAAUAUUAUUGUGAUUUCAGCAUUAUAUGUAUUUACAGUAUUUACAAAGGAAGGAUUGCACAAGGGGAUAUUUUUGUUGCUUUCCAAACGAUCAGGUAUGCUCUUCCUGUCUGCAAUAGCCCUGUAGCUAUUAAGAUUUUUGUUAAUAAACCCUAAGAUUACAGGGCAUUGAAAACUAACUAUACUGUGUAUUUGAAAAGCUUAAAGGGACAUUCUAUUAUUCAAUACAAUAUUAAUUUGUAUAAUUGCACUUACCCGGAAAGUUCUAAUUAGAAUACAGGUUUAUUCAUACCUUUGGUUCAACCAGUAAUUGAAAAGAAAAAGCAAUUAAUGAUGGUCCCAUGGUGUUUAUCGCUUUUAAAAAUUGUGCAACCUCUGGAAUAGAAAACUGAUAACAAAAACAUUCACAUGGUUCAUAAAUGUAAAUUGCCACAAGAGUACCUAGGAAAAUGUAUAGCCCAUUAUCUGUAAUGGCAUAUAUGUCUUUGUGAGCUACUUUGGCGAUUCUGUCAUGGCAGAGUAAAAAUAAAAUGCAUGUUAUGCUCUAAAGCUUCAACCUACACAAAGCUAAUUAGGAGUAAGUGCCUUGCUAAUCGGCAAGAUGUACUUCCAAGAAAACACAUGCAGGCUUACCAGGGGGGAAAAAACUUCUAAUGCCCUUCAUCAGAUUUUUAAGUAAACAUGUUUUUAAGACUGGGAUGCAGACUCUCUGAAAAUAUCUGAUUAAUGUGUUAAAAAAAAAAAAACUCAAGAAGAUGCGGGUAGUGCAUCUGGCCACAUUUAUCAACCGGGUGGUUUUUAGGGUGCGGAUCGAUUUUCCCUGUACACCUUGAAUAUUUUUCUGCUCUAGCAUUGUGUCAAGAGCUGUGGGAUUGCCAUGUUUUCCUUAUGGGGGUGCUCUUAAGCAAAAGUUUUUGGAAGAACGUUUUCCAGAAAUCAGAGAUGUACAUGCAUUUGUGACUGAUAAUGCAAGAUGGACUUUAAACUCCUGAGGAGGAUUUCCCCAUCCCAGCCCUGCCACCACCUAAAGGAAAAUUGCUCCUUCAUUGAGGAAUUUCAUCUGUAGUGUUUCUCAUAUCUAAGAACGUUGUCUGUUUCAGGGGUUAAGGGCCUCUCCACCAUUAUAACUCAGAGUUUCAUAAGCUGACUCUUUAUAAAAAGCAUUAAGGGACUCCUAAUAUUUACUUUGGAGUGUUCAAAAUAUUACUACGUGACAUUCAUUAGGACUCAAGAGACUGUUGCUGUUGCAAACCCCUUAUAAUGGAAUCCCAGACAGCCAUUGGAAUACUCUGACUCUCUGCUCCAACCUUGGAAACUCGCUGUGAUGGCAGAGCGGCACUCUAAGUGCCCACCCCUGUGUCUCGCAUCCGGUGUAGCAAGACUAUGCCAGCUGCUUCUCCAAGCUUGGAGAAGGAGUUGUGAGGAGAGAACUGGCACCCAACCCAAUAUAUGGUAUCCGGGCCGCACCACAGCCUCUUUUUCUGCCAUUCUGAGAUGCCAGUUACACAGCUGACAAUGGCUUUCUUGCAGCUUUGCGUUCUUCUGCACAAGAUGCCUAUGAUCCUCCAAGUCCAGGGGAUUAUAGGCAUCCAGAUUAGAUUGUAGCAUUAAUGUUGCUUUCUUUUAUCUCAGGCCAAACUCCCAAAACAUCUAACCCAGCCAAAUGCAUUCACAACUGGUCUUCCUCUGACUCCCAAAGCGGUAUGUGUUGUAUUUCUGGCUGCUUGGACUGCUUGUUUGGGUUUUUACUGUCUGCUUGUUAAACUUCCUUCUAGUAAGAUCCCCGGGCACCAUCCUGGCAUGUCACAGCCAGCUUUUCCCUACUUCUGAUCUUCACCAGCCAUGAAGGGUUAGGAGGGAGUAGCUUAACAUCCAGUCCUUAACUAUUACAACUUUCUGAAACUUGACCCACCAACUGGCAGACCUCCUUCCUCACUACCUACAGGCUAACUUAACUUGAUUUUCCACCUGGCUCAAAUCCCAGGCCAAUCAGAGCCCAAUUUAUCUGAUACAGGCUCCCUCUAAUACUAUUCAAAGAAUUCUCUCUCUUUUCCUCUUGGCCUCCGCACACACACCGCGCAACAGAAAAACAACAAGACCUCAUGCCUACCACUCUAGCCUCCCAUAAGCCACACAAAAUAAACAUUGCAUAACAACAGCAAGGGUGUGUGUGUGGGGGGGGGGUUUCUUCACAACUCCCUAGAAUUAUUUGAAUGCAAAGAAGUCCUCUAGCCCUUAGAAGCUGAUGAUUCUAAUCAGGGUCUUUCAUCUUCUAGCUCCUGUUCUCUCAGAAGGAUUUUGUAUGAAAUAGUAUGUAAUGAAUAGCAGGCUGCUAACUUGCUGCGUAUGGGAACAUAAGAGCCACCUCAGGCAAGUCCAACAGCAACGUGCCCUAACCGAUCCAUGCCAUAUCCUAACCUGGUUUUGCACGCAGGCGUUUCAGUGGUUUGUCUUGCGGCACUGGGAGCAACUUUUCAAAGAAACAAUGCUUCCACACUGUACCCUUGCACAAAAGUUGAAGAAGUUUUGGAUCCUGCCUUUAGUCUUUAACGUUCUUUCCUCGUCGGUAGUCCUUCUGUGGCAGUGUGCCUCUGAGUCCAGAAAGUCCUGCUUGGAAGAUUGCAACCCUUCCAUUAAUGGCUUCUGAUAGGACUUCCGUAUUGAAAGACCAUCUUCUGUUAUAUUAUAGCAACCAUUCAAGCAUUUGUGAAAAUUAAGUGCUGGCCAAGUCUGCCAUGAAAUAUGUUUGAUAACUAUGUAUGUGCUUUGAGAAUUUAUGUAAAUAAACAUUUAAAAUAUC